AUGGGCAAUCUCCCUCAAGUGCGAGUGUCGCCUCCUUCGCGCGCCUUCCUGAAUUAUGGCCUUGACUAUGCUGGACCAAUUCUCAUCCGAUCUAUGUCUGGUCGUGGAAUCGCGUCGCGAAAGGCAUACAUUGUCAUAAUCAUCUGCAUGGCCACUCGCGCCGCCCAUCUGGAAAUUGUAGACGGUUACGCCACUCCUUCGUUUCUGGCGGCGUAUGCGAGAUUCGUUGCUCGACGAGGUCUUCCUGAGUCCAUCUACUCGGACAACGAAACCACGUUCGUCGGCGCCGACCGCGAAAUGACGAUCGCCUUUCGCGCAGCGCUGCGCAACUCGGAUUUUCAAAAUCAAACCGCCACCGACAACACCAGCUGGUACUUCAUACCUCCGUCCGCGUCUCAUUUCGACGGUCUCUGGGAGGCGGGGGUGCGAAGUAUCAAGCAUCAUCUCCGUCGCAUGAUAGGAGCUCAUACGCUCACAUACGAAGAGAUGUCUACUCUCCUCUAUAGCAUCGAAGCGUGCCUCAACUCAAGGCCGCUAGCGCCGCUCUCCGACGCACUCGACAAUUACGAACCGUUAACGCCGGGACAUUUUUUGAUCGGCGGUGCAUUAACCGCUCGCCCUGAACCGUCUACGCUCAAUAUUAAAGAAAGUCGUCUCACGCGAUGGCAGCUCGUUCGCCAGAUAACGGAACAAUUUUGGAAAAGCAGCAGAGUGAUUAUGUUAACACUCUCCAGCAAAGAACUAAGUGGAGACGCCGAUUUCAAACCGAUGUUCGCGUUGAGCAGCUAG